GGAAAACCAACCCAAAACACUUUGAUUCCGACAAAGCAAACUCAUAGGUCCAUCUCCCUGCAAUUUUUUCUUUGACUCCCUCCAUAAAACGCCCUUCCCUUUUCCCCCUUUCCCUUUCUCUAAACCAAACCCAUCUCGCGCUCCUUCCUUCAUUCCAAUCCCAUCUCUCUUUACCAAUUUUAGGGUUCCCCCACAUUCCCAAAAUCCCCCCAAUCCCCUCUUUCUCCCCUCUCCCUUGAUCUCUAACCUCUCCAAUGGCUGCCUGUGACCUCCCAAUCAUUUCAACUGCUGGGUCUUCCACAGCUUCUGCAGUUAUCGACGACAGUUAUGAAGAAGCCUGCAGCAUCUGCCUCGAGCCUUUCACUGUCCAAGACCCUGCCACUGUGACCAACUGCAAGCAUGAGUACCAUCUGCAGUGCAUUCUCGAUUGGUGUCAGAGAAGCAAAGAAUGCCCAAUUUGUUGGCAGCUCCUUUCCCUGAAGGAUGAAUCCAGUCAAGAGCUUUUUGCUGCUGUUGCGGCCGAGAGGCAUUCGAGGUUAACGAUCCGAUCCCGUCCUAGAUCCACCACCAGACCUUCUCUCUUUGACAAUUUUGAUGUAGACCAGGACUCUUACUCAGAUGAUUCGGACUUCGAUGAACGCAUAGGGCAGCAUCUUGCUGCUGCUGUGUAUAGAGCUCGGCAGUUCCAGAGAAGGGACAAUAGGUCCCCACCUCGACGCGGUACCUCCAGGGUGUUCGUCUUUGCCUCCCAUGGAGGUGGUUUGAGGAAUGACCAACAAAGUUCACCUGGUGGCCGCAGCUUGAGCCCUGCCUCGUCUGGAACUGGUUCACCAACUUCUCCCAUGCGCACACUUCACAGUCUCAGGAACUCCGACGACAUGAUCUCCAAUGACAGCCACGAUCACUUGUUCAGGAACAGGAUUCUCUUCGGACAAUCACAAGGUGAUAGCCCCGACGAGCCAGGUUCUUCGAGGAUGGUCUCGUUGUCGGACUCCAUUAAAUCGAAGUGGGUUGCUGCUUCAGCCAAAUACAAGGAAUCGAUCACGAAGGGCACUCAAGGUAUAAAGGAAAAGUUGCUUGCACGUAACAACUCGGUUAAAGAGCUGAGCAAAGGAGUCCAGCGGGAAAUGAGCGCUGGAAUUGCAGGCGUUGCAAGAAUGAUGGAAAAAUUAGAGCUUUCCUCCUCGAAACGCAGCAGCCCUGUCGGUUCUGGGGAAACCGGCUCAAGUUUCUGCUUCAAGGGAAAGAAUGUGGAGGAGGACAAGGACAACUCUCUUGCUAGAGCUCUCCAGGAAGACGAGGCAAUGGAGGAUAUUAGCCUCGGCGGCCACCGCCCUUCCACACCUGUCCCCUGCCGUCCUGAAGUUUCUCAUCUCCAGGUUUGUAACUACACUUCCAGCACAGUGAACUUUCUUCAUCAUCACUAUCAGUGAUUCUUCCUUGGUAACCUGUUUUCCCCAUUUCAUUGUUUCAGAUGGGCCAUUGAUCGUUGCAGUUAACUGCAAUCCGCCAACUUUCAAGUGUCUUUCAGCAACCGUGUGCUUUCUUUCUGAACAAGUGAGAUGCGAUAAGAGCAAAUAACGCAAGCGACGGCUUUUCGAAGAUUGAAGAAAACCAAUUCCCUUGAUUGGUCUUUGCGUCCUGCAUUUUUUGCCAUAACUCUUAAAAACUAAUUCGAGCCUCUCGACCGAUCAUUUCCGAGCCUUCCACUGAUCUGCAAGUCUCCCCAACUACCUGGAGGUGAUCAGUUUCGAACACCGGACGAACAAUCCCUAUAAACAAGCCGCCGAAGCUAAUUUAAUUCAAUGAUAAUUCCAGUGUGUCAACCUUGUAAUGGAUUAUGAGUAUUGAUUACUGUAGUGCCAUGUAUGCUUAAAGAAAGGAGAAGAAAUCAAAAGGAAAGCUUCUUUAUAUGUUCCUAUCGAUAUAGAAGAUUUGGUGUGUCGUUACAAAGGCUUUUAUUUACCAUCCAAUCCAUAGCCUUAUUUAUGAAACAGUAACCCAAAUCCAUGAACUCACUGUAAUGCCAUAUACUGCAAUUACAAUGUACAGCUUGCCAGGAUCUACCAGCCAUCAGGUGUUAACAAUCAUUCCACCGUUGGGGUGCAGAACUUGGCCUGUGAAGUACGAGGAGCACUCGUUGCAGGCCAAGAACACGUAGCAAGGGGCGAUCUCGUGAGGCUGCGCAGCCCUGCCCAUGGGGACCGACGAACCGAGGCCCUUCAUGCUUUCAGCAGGCAUGGAAGCUGG